AAAACGGAUCGGAAAAACGUCUCGUACCGUGAAGCGGUCGAGGAAACACCACGAGAAGCCUAGGCAAGAAUAGGUAGGCUCGGGACGGAAAAGUGUGUCACGAGGGAGAGAUUUCGGGUCAAUUUGAAACAAAGAUUUGGAUUGAAACUUCACUUUCGUUACCACCAUUGAGUCAAAACAUAAUUACCAAAUUGCUAUCAUAUUGAUUCUCAACGCUAGAGAUGGAGUGUCAUCCUUUUUUUAGAGCGAUGAUUGUACUCUUCCGUGCACCCGCGCUCACUGUGUCCAAUCUUUUCGUCUCGGAAAUUAUGUUUUGCAGGUUGAAGGAUAUGAGGACUUUGAGUUUUUCGGGGAAGGACUUGCAGGUUUCGAAAUGUCAGGGAAGGACUUUUCCGGGAUAUAUAAACCCUGCCCCAUUGCUUCUCAUUUCAUCGCCAUCUCCAACUUCCCUUCUCUCUUUGCAGAAAUUUCCCAGCCCUAAUUUCCCAUUAAUUCUUCAGAGUUGUGUCCUUCAGGAUGACUAUUGUUGUUGGUCAGCUUCCUUCAUUGGAAACACGAAUUGAGGUUGAGGAAAAUGAUAUCCGGCAGCAAGAUGAAAGGCAAUUAGAGUUGGGCAGCGGAUUUUCAGUUCCAGAUACCAAUUCAUUCGGCCACAACUUUAGGGACUACAAUGCAGAAAGUGAGAGACAGGAAGGGGUGGAAAAUUUCUACAGGAUCAAUCAUAUCAGCCAAACUUAUGAUUUUGUCAAGAAGAUGAGGGAAGAGUAUUCAAAAUUAAACAGGGUGGAAAUGAGCAUUUGGGAGUGUUGUGAGCUUCUAAAUGAUGUGGUGGAUGAUAGUGAUCCCGACCUUGAUGAGCCUCAGAUUCAGCAUUUGUUGCAAACUGCUGAAGCCAUUAGGAAGGACUAUCCAAAUGAAGAUUGGCUCCAUUUGACUGCACUCAUCCAUGAUUUGGGAAAGGUUCUUCUACUUCCGAGUUUUGGAGGGCUACCUCAAUGGGCAGUUGUAGGUGACACAUUUCCUGUAGGGUGUGCUUUUGAUGACUCAAAUGUCCAUUACAAGUACUUUGCGGAAAACCCGGAUUACUCUAACCCUGCUUACAAUACAAAGUAUGGAGUUUAUUCUGAGGGUUGUGGUCUCAACAACGUUAUGAUGUCUUGGGGACAUGAUGACUACAUGUAUAUGGUUGCAAAGGAGAACGGAACUAGCCUACCAUCACCUGGCCUCUUCAUCAUCAGAUACCACUCCUUCUAUGCUUUACACAAGGGAGGAGCUUACAAACACCUAAUGAAUGAGGAGGAUCAUGAGAACCUAAAGUGGCUUCUUAUCUUCAACAAGUAUGAUCUCUACAGCAAGAGUAAGGAAAUGGUUGAUGUCCCAAAAGUGAAGCCCUACUACCUCUCCUUAAUAAACAAGUAUUUCCCUGAAAAGCUUAAGUGGUGAACCUGUGCAAAAAUGAGAAAUAGCAAAGAGAAUAGAUGAAGUAUAUGUUGAUCACAUACAUGUAAUGAUCAUAUGAUCGCAGUACCUUGUUUACUAAGAAGUUUGUUUGUUUGUUCGUUUGUUUAUUUGUUUUUAAAAUUGUCAUCUUGUAAUAAUUUACCGGUCAUGUGUAUUAGUGCUUGCACUUCACCAUCAAAUCAAACAAAUGUUGGUAGAAUUUCGAAUUUCGAAUAGUUUUUUCAUAAGAAAGAAUAAUAAUAAUAAUUGUCCAAAUUUAUUUAUCCUUGUAUAACUUUAACAUUACU